GAAGGGCAGGGGUUGGAGAAAAGGGAAUCCUUGCGGGAAACAUAGUGGGAGUGUGUUCAGGGAGAGCGGCCAGAGGGAAAGAUGCCGGAUAGGUGGAGGAAUGCAGAGGGUGCCCGUGGAGGAGUAUCCAGGAGUCCGGAGGGUGUUCAUUGUGCAGAUACAUUAGGUAUUUCGUUAUGGAAAGAACUGAAGCGUUUCUAAGGAAAGGAAAGAACGGAUACAAGGAGUUUCCGCGAAUAGAAAGGAUAGCGUUCGAAGCCAGAGGAAGUGCUAAAUACUAGAGACUAUGAAGAGAAUGCAUGAUAGAAUAGACAGAUGUAGUAGAAUUAAUAAAUGUUGGCCCAAGGACUAAAGAGUUAUUCCAGAUGGGCCGGGAUGGCCUAGUUCUGAACCUGUUUGGGCUCUUCUGUAGAUGACAUCUGGAUAGAGGGGAGGAAUCGGGAGCUUGGAAAUUCAGCCAAGUGAUCUGGUGGGAUGGGCAUUUGCCUGACAUACUAUAUAGAGGACUUGGAUGGCAUAAGUGAUUAAGGUGGUGUGGAGGGUAUUUGAAGCUUACGAAAGGUAGAAACUCAACCAUGAUUUCUUUUUCAACUCUACAGCAUUCCCUUCCUUGAAGUCUUCAUUUUUAUCUUAGUCUCAGGCAGUUAUACUUAAGCAUGAACAUUGACGACAAACUGGAAGGAUUAUUUCUUAAAUGUGGCGGCAUAGACGAAAUGCAGUCUUCCAGGGCAAUGGUUGUAAUGGGUGGAGUGUCUGGCCAGUCUACCGUGUCUGGGGAACUGCAGGAGUCGGUACUUCAAGAUCGGAGUAUGCCUCACCAGGAGAUCCUUGCUGCAGAUGAAGUGUUACAAGAAAGCGAAAUGAGACAACAGGAUAUGAUAUCACAUGAUGAACUCAUGGUCCAUGAGGAGACAGUGAAAAAUGAUGAAGAGCAGAUGGAAACACAUGAAAGACUUCCUCAAGGACUACAGUAUGCACUUAAUGUCCCUAUAAGUGUAAAGCAGGAAAUUACUUUUACUGAUGUGUCUGAGCAACUGAUGAGAGACAAAAAGCAAAUCAGAGAGCCAGUAGACUUACAGAAAAAGAAGAAACGGAAACAACGUUCUCCUGCAAAAAUCCUUACAAUAAAUGAGGAUGGAUCACUUGGUUUGAAAACCCCUAAAUCUCACGUUUGUGAGCACUGCAAUGCUGCCUUUAGAACGAACUAUCACUUACAGAGACAUGUGUUCAUUCAUACAGGUGAAAAACCAUUUCAAUGUAGUCAAUGUGACAUGCGUUUCAUACAGAAGUACCUGCUACAGAGACAUGAGAAGAUUCAUACUGGUGAAAAACCAUUUCGCUGUGAUGAAUGUGGUAUGAGAUUCAUACAAAAAUAUCACAUGGAAAGGCAUAAGAGAACUCAUAGUGGAGAAAAACCUUACCAGUGUGAAUACUGUUUACAGUAUUUUUCCAGAACAGAUCGUGUAUUGAAACAUAAACGUAUGUGCCAUGAAAAUCAUGACAAAAAGCUAAACAGAUGUGCCAUCAAAGGUGGCCUUCUGACAUCUGAGGAAGAUUCUGGCUUUUCUACAUCACCAAAAGAUAACUCACUGCCAAAAAAGAAAAGGCAGAAGACUGAGAAAAAAUCAUCUGGGAUGGACAAAGAAAGUGCUUUGGACAAAUCUGACCUGAAGAAAGACAAAAAUGAUUACCUGCCCCUUUAUUCUUCAAGUACUAAAGUAAAAGAUGAGUAUAUGGUAGCAGAGUAUGCUGUUGAAAUGCCACAUUCUUCAGUUGGGGGAUCGCAUUUAGAAGAUGCAUCAGGAGAAAUACAUCCACCUAAGUUGGUUCUCAAAAAAAUUAAUAGUAAGAGAAGUCUGAAGCAGCCAAUGGAGCAGAAUCAAACAAUUUCUCCCUUAUCCACAUAUGAAGAGAGCAAAGUUUCAAAGUAUGCUUUUGAACUUGUGGAUAAACAAGCUUUACUGGACUCAGAGGGCAAUGCUGAUAUUGAUCAGGUCGAUAAUUUGCAGGAGGGGCCCAGUAAACCUGUGCACAGUAGUACUAAUUAUGAUGAUGCCAUGCAGUUUUUGAAGAAGAAACGAUACCUUCAAGCAGCAAGUAACAAUAGUAGGGAGUAUGCGCUGAAUGUGGGCACCAUAGCUUCUCAGCCUUCUGUAACACAAGCAGCUGUGGCAAGUGUCAUUGAUGAAAGUACUACGGCAUCCAUAUUAGAUUCACAGGCACUGAAUGUGGAGAUUAAGAGUAACCAUGACAAAAAUGUUAUUCCAGAUGAGGUACUGCAGACUCUCUUGGAUCAUUACUCUCAUAAAGCUAAUGGACAGCAUGAGAUAUCAUUCAGUGUUGCAGACACUGAGGUGACUUCUAGCAUAUCAAUAAAUUCUUCAGAAGUACCUGAGGUCACCCAGGCAGAGAAUGUUGGAUCAAGCUCCCAAGCAUCCUCAUCAGAUAAAGCCAACAUGUUGCAGGAAUACUCAAAGUUUCUGCAGCAGGCUUUGGACAGAACUAGCCAAAAUGAUGCCUAUUUGAAUAGCCCGAGCCUUAACUUUGUGACUGAUAACCAGACCCUUCCAAAUCAGCCAGCAUUCUCUUCCAUAGACAAGCAAGUCUAUGCAGCCAUGCCCAUCAAUAGCUUUCGAUCAGGAAUGAAUUCUCCACUAAGAACAACUCCAGAUAAGUCCCACUUUGGACUAAUAGUUGGUGAUUCACAGCACUCAUUUCCCUUUUCAGGUGAUGAGACAAACCAUGCUUCUGCCACAUCAACACAGGACUUUUUGGAUCAAGUGACUUCUCAGAAAAAAGCUGAGGCUCAGCCUGUCCACCAAGCUUACCAAAUGAGCUCCUUUGAACAGCCCUUCCGCGCUCCAUAUCAUGGAUCAAGAGCUGGAAUAGCUACUCAGUUUAGCACUGCCAAUGGACAGGUGAACCUUCGGGGACCAGGGACAAGUGCUGAAUUUCCAGAAUUUCCCUUGGUGAAUGUAAAUGAUAAUAGAGCUGGGAUGACAUCUUCACCUGAUGCUACAACUGGCCAGACCUUUGGCUAAAAAAAAGUGUAAAUAAUACUGGCACUUUAGAACAGAUUAAUCAAGAGUGGGGUUACUCUGUGUAAAUGGAGUGCUGUACAGAUUUAAGAGCAAUGCGUUAUAACAAGUUAAGCUGAUAUGAAUAGCAAGAUAAUCCAAUAACUGCAUUUUGUUUGGUUAGUCAGCAUUCUUUGAACUGCCUUACAUGUUGUCACCUUUAUAGAAGCAAUGCAUUACUUGUUUUAGAACAGAAACUUGCUAUUCCACCUACACCGAGUUUAAAAGGAAAAAAAAAGACUUUCGCACAAUUGUUUCCUAAUUGAUAACAUUGUACAUUCUUAGGAGAUUAGUAAUUGUGUGAAAUUUACUCAUACUGUUUCUAAGUUUUUCAGCAUAGUCAUUGCACUUCAGCAGGGAAUCUGAGUAUACUUUACAGACAGAGUGAACUUCAGAGUUUAAAUGUCAAGAGAUUAUGGCUUAAAUAAAUUAGUGUGUCCUAUAGGAGGAAAAAAAGAAACCAAGAAACCACCGUUUAAAAAGAAUGAUAUGCCAUAUACCCUUGAUUUUCAUUUUGCAUUAUAUUGACAUGUUUUUUUUUUUUUGAGAAAAGAAAGUAAUAAAAAUCUGAUAGUCUAAGACUCCACUAUUUAAAAGCCUAAUUACUUUUAAAAUAUGCAUACUUUCAAAACUUUUACCAAAAUACGUAACUGUUGAAGCAUUCACUUCUCAAUGGAAGUAUGCAUAUUGGUGUCAGUUUCUUUGUACAGUUGUACUUAGAUAUUUUUUAUGAUUUUUCAUGUGCAGGUAUCAAGGUUUUGAAGUUUUAGUAAAAAGAUAUUCUGUAGAUUACAUUCCCAAGAACAUAAUGCUUACACAAAAUGUAUAUUCCACGUUUUAAAGCUUAAUUGUAUUUUACUUUACAUAUACACUUCAGUUAACAUAGAGCACUUAGAAUCUAUUUGGUAUUUUUGAUUUCUCAAAGUAAAAAAAAAAUUAGAUUUUUAGGUUUGAUAUGGUUGUGUCAUAAUCAUCUCAUAAUUGACAAUUUUAAUUUUUGGCAAUAAAAGGAAAUUGGAUAUCUUUGGAACUGUAAAACCUGGUUUAAUCCUUCUCUUUCUAGAAUCUUGAUAGAUUGGAUAAUUAAACAGUAUCCAGAGAAACUAAAGAAAUGGGCAUUUUAAUUGCUUAUUUUAUCUUGAAUUACUUUUUAAUGAACACUGCUCAUUACAAUUUUACAAACCAAAAGUGUUUACUAAUUCUAGUAACUACAAUUUCUUUUUCAGCUAGAUGAGUGAUCGGAAACUUUUUGUUGCAUUUCAAAAUCUAAAUAAACUACAGACUUUAUCCUUAUACCACGAAUGUUUUUUUUUUUUUAAUAUAUAUAUAUAUAUAUAUAUACUUUGUCUUAAAAUAAUACAGCAUGGUACCAUAAAUAGUGCUUUUAUAUAUACACAUAUGUAUACUUUUCUAAAGAAUGAUGGUUUUGAGUUACACAUUGGACAGUUUUAAUUUUUGGAAAAUAACAUUACUUCUAUUGAUUUUAUUAUCCUCUUUAAUUUGUUCCAACUUUUUUGCUUAUUUUAAUUUCCACCAUCUUUGUCACAAUGCACAUACUGAUGUAGCACCAGUGAUACUCUAAAAUUAAUAUUCUUGGAAGGUGAAACUUUAUUGUUGCUAAUUUCCACUUUAACUUUUAUAUUGGCCCUAUAGAUCUGCAGUCUUUGUUUCAGUAUAGAAUGUUACACAUUUAAAUUAUUGUUUCUUUUAUUUAAUGUUAUCCCAAGACUGUUCUCAUAAAGGGAACAAAGAAAAUAUCAACCCUUAACAUCUUUUACUUUUAUUUUGAAUAUUUUGGUGUUUUAUGAUAAUGAAUAUAAAUUAUGUUUAAUGUGGUUUCCUCUGUACGUUGGUUAUUAAGCUUUGCUUGAAAUAUUAAUUUUCCUAUUUGACAGCUUUCUUUGCUGCCAAACUUUUCAAGAAUUUUAGACUUCUCUGAGGUAGAUGUUUAAGUUCUGCCAUUACUGACUUUGAAGAAUAGUGUGUGUUGUGUUAUACAUCAUGCAAUUGCAAGAAGGCUCUAUUCAGGUGAGAUGUGAAAAAUGGAACUGUGCUCACGCUAUAUAGGUGUUUAUAUUUUUCUCAUACUGUUAUUUGAUAAUAGGCAUUUAUUUCCUGUGUUGAUUUCUUUUUCUUUUUUCUUUUUUUCUUUUUCUUUUUCUUUUUCUUUUUCUUUUUCUUUUUCUUUUUCUUUUUCUUUUUCUUUUUCUUUUUCUUUUUCUUUUUCUCUCUCUCUCUCUCUCUCUCUCUCUCUCUCUCUCUCUUUCUCUUUCUCUUUCUCUUUCUCUUUGCUUUUUCCUUUUUCCUUUUUCCUUUUUCCUUUUUCCUUUUUCUUUUUUUGAGCCUGGUCAAAAAUUUUGUUCUUCAACAACUUGUUCAGUCCUGGUAUAGUGUACAGUUUUUGUUUGCUUUAAUAUCACCAGCACAGUUUUUUUAGAGUGUGACUCUACUGCUGAGCAGUUAGGGUAAGCCAAGGAAGGCAGGCCUUUGAAAAUGGUAGUUACACAAGCAAAAUUUCAGGUGUUGCAUUCCUGUCUUCGGCACAUUUCUUUAAAUAUACAUAAUGGCAGACUUUUCUACCACAUUGUAAGCAUUUGAUACUUUGACAUAAGUUAUUGACGUACCAUUUAAGUAUAGUAGUUGUGGCUCUCUUACUGUGAAAUUCUAAAUGCCUACCAGAAUUACCAUGUGUUAUCAUCAUAGGAUAAACAUCUCAACAGUUUGGGUUUCCCCACUUUGCUUUAGAAAGUUACUUAAUUUGUAUCUGGGCAUUAAUAGUAAAAAGUAAGUAGCCUUUAUGUGCUGCUGUAGAUCAGAAUAUUGAGGAUAUGAGAUAAUUCUUCUGCAAUUUGUGUUUUUCAUUUCAGUUAGCAAAGUGUUCCAUUAAAACAUGCUCUUAUACCAUUAAACUUUUGGUCAAUGUGAGUGAGGUAUGCUUUUGCACUUAGGACCUACUCUCCUGUUUGAAGAUUGGAAGCAGAUCAGGUUAGAUGAGGUAAUCUCUGUUGAACAUCUUGUAAAGCUUUUUUUUUUUUUUUUUUUUUUUGACUUCUUAUUGUACACAUAUUCAUUUGGUUCAGAAUAUUUGAGUGGCUCUUAAAUCUUUUGGAUGUACUUGCAGAUUUUCUGUUUGAUACCAUACAAAUCCAUCCUUUUAGCUCUGGCUGAGGACUGUCAGUGGUCGGGUAAUUUUCCCUUUCUGACAGGCAAAAGAGGUCUUGUGCUCAGGGUAGGCUUUCAUUACCACAGGGGAGAGAAACUUGCAAAGUGCCAGCUAGGUUAGAUCUUUUGCCACUUCUUUCAUUUUAUCAAUUUGGGUUUUUAAAGGGCUGUUAAAAAAAAAAAGCCGGGAAACUUUAAAAGUAGGCAUUACUGUAGUACCGCAUUUCUUAGACAUAGAACAUCUUAAACUAGAACUUGUUUUUUCACAGUAUAAUUACUUGAAGAAGCACUAUUAUAAUCAAUGAGAAACUUUUUGACACUGCAAUUUAAUUUAAACUUUUUCUGUUUCAAAUUGCUUUAUUUCAGGGAAAUAAUUUUCCAGUUGUUUUGCUAUAUUCUGCAAAUAAAACCGUGUUUCCUUUUUUCACUUAAACGUUGGUAGGAAACAAACUAAAGCAGACAAACAUUUCUUGUUGUGUUUGUUGCUUUCUUUAAUCCAAUGGAUAAAAAAGUAAAACCCUGUAAACAUUAUUUUAUUUUUUUAUGCAAUACCAUGCUGUAAAUACGGUUCAUCAAAUAAGGAUGUACCUAUGAUUGAAUCUUUAAUUCUGCACAGUUAGAGUUUAUAUAUAAACGUGUCUUGACAAUCAAGGACUUUUAUGUGAGUCUUCCUUUAUGAUGUUUAUUAAUGUUAUGCAUUCCAUUUGUUUUGAAGUGAGUACCAAUGUGCUAAUUUGUAUUGUCUGAAAGUAUGUAAUGUUUUUACAGCUUGUUUUUAAGAAUCUGUAAAUAUGUACAAACAAAUCACAGUACUGCUUUAUGUUAGAAGGCAUAUGAUGUUGUACUGUACGUAAGCAAUAAUACAUAGCAGUGCUAACUGUACAAGUAGCAUCAGGAAAGUUCUAAAAACAUUUCAGAGUUAUUCUCCUUAUUUCAUUUAAUAAUGAUUAUCUUUAAUCAGUUUUUAUAAGUAAAUUCCAUUGUUCCUCCUACUGGAACAUAACACUGUUUACACAGCAUAAUUGAAGUUGCAGGGGAGACAGGCUAAAUCUGACUUCAUCUGUACUCACUUUCACUAAGCAUUGAAUGGCCUUACCACUCUUCUGCAAGAUGGAGGAAGACCGCAAAACUUAGUGCCCAUCACACUGAAGGAAGGGGGUGUGGUUUUUUUUUUUGUUUGUUUUUUGUUUUUUUUCCUGCUUCUGUACUGCUACCUAACUUUGUGGUUUGCUUUGGAUUUAAUAUUUGUUUCUGUUUUAGAUUCAAGCCCAUAAGUUUUGAGGUGACUUCAGCUCCAUUGUGACAUAGUUCUCUUCAUAUUUCAUAGCUACAUUUCAGUAAUUCUAAACUUUCUACUUUGAUUUUUAGAUAUGUAUUUUUCAAGCUUGAUUUCUCAGCUGAACAGAUGAAUUUAUUCAACUUCAAUACAAAGAAAGACAAACCUAUUGUAGUUUGAAUUGAGUAGAUAUUAUACUGUACAGAACAGCUAACUAUUUGAACACACACAUCACUGCUUUAGAAAUAAAACCGCCAAUUUAUAAAUGUAUAUGACCUACAUUUUAUAGGAGAAAUGUUUUUAAAUGCUAGUCAUUUAUAUAAUGUGCUUUGAAGGAUUUGCUAGUCCACUUCUGUCACUUUUUAGUACACUGGUAUCUUUUAUAUGUAAUGUAUGCUUUUUAUUAUUGUAGCAAAGCAUUUCAGUAGAAUGAAUUUUGCAACAAUAUGGGGGGAAUUUUUCAUUGUUGGAUUUGAAUUAUACUGGAUUUUAUCUGUGUAGUCUUGUCUUUAUUUUAAUGCUGUCUGGAAGGGAACUUGGUAUCCAAAUAAAGCAGGUAACCUCAUUUUACUUCAAGGGCAUACUGUGUAGUGCUGAAUUUAAUCUGGAAAUCUGACGAUUUUGAAAAGAAAAACACAUUUAUAAAAAUUGUACAGAAGAAAUUAAAUGUGUGAUGGAAAUCCUGA